AUGGCCCUGGCGUGUUUAGUAGCGCGCCGGUUGGCGCCAGCUGCCGCCGCAGCCGCUGCCGCUCCACGAGGCGGCGGCAGGCGCUUGCUGCUCCAGUGCCACUCCGCCGGAAGCAAGGCCGUCAAGGCCACGCAACCAGAGGUGAUGUACAGCUUUGAGCGGGCACCACCCGAGACGCCCAUCUUCCCCGAGCUGCUGCAGCCGGGGCGGCGGGCGGUGCUGCUGGCAGUGGACCCCGACAUAGGCGGCGCGGUGGCAGCGCUGUCUGUGGAGCUGCACGACAUGCCGGUGGAAGUUUGGAAGUACGGAAAGCGGGACAAGCGGCAGCCCGAGGCCGAGGGCCUCAUCCACAUCCUCCAGCGCUACGCAGACAUGGCGGCCGGAACCGGGGCCUUUGGCCUGGGGUUCAGCGGGGACAGCAGCAGCAGCAUCAGGCGCAGUUGGGAAGUUGAGGAGGCAGAGGAGUCUGGUGCUACACGGAAAAGAAGAAGAAGCAAGACGGUGGAGAAUGCUGGCAAUGGCUCAGAGCUUGAGCCAGAAAGCAAAUCAGCAGCAGCAGCAGCAGCAGCAGCAGCAGCAGCAGCAGCAGAGGAGAUUGUCAGAAAUGGCGGAAACAGUGUCCCUACUAGCAGCGUCACCAGCCUCGGUCUAGGUGACGGCCAGGCUAGUCCACCAGAGCUGCCGCCGGUAGUUCGUGCAGUGGUGGAGUACUCCAUGCCCGGCCACGUCUGCGGCAAGUAUGCCUGGUAUGGCAUCGGCUUUGCGGUGGGCCUGCUCAAUGGGCUGCUGGCGGCCCAGGGCAUCCCCUAUCACCGUGUGCCAGCCAGCACCUGGAAGCAGGCCAUGGGGCUGAAGAAGCAGGGCAAGGAUGGCAGCAUCGCGCUGGCACGCCACUUGUUGCCCACCGCCUCAAUCUUUCUCAAGCGCAAGAAGGACCACGGGCGGGCCGAGGCGCUGCUGAUGGCCGCCUGGACCUUGGGCAUCAGGAUGCAGCACAUCGCUUUCGUCAGUGACAGCAUCGAAGCAGCCUCUGGCGACGAGGCAUCCGAGACAGAGAGCGACGCAGAUGAGGCGAUGGAGGCGUGA